AUGGAAAACCACGUGGGCGAACGAACGGUGAACAUCUUCGGGAAGGUGUUCCCGCGGGACGCCUUCAUAUGUCGACUAUUCUAUCUAUCGUUUUUCGCUAGUUUUGGAUCACUUUUCCCACUUCUAGCCGUCUAUUUCAAGCAGUUGGGUAUGACAGCGGCGCAGGCCGGCUUCCUAAUCGGUUCUCGACCCAUUGUCGAGUUUCUAUCCGGACCAUUCUGGAGUCAAUUCGCUAGCAGAUUCAGAAAACAAAAACUGCUCCUAUUAUUCUCGCUGGGCUCGCUGGUCCUAUUCACACUCGGAAUUGGUUUGGUCCAACCGGUGACCCCAUAUUGUAUAGUUUAUGUACCAGAAGGUAAUAAAACAUGUCAAACGAUGUUGGCUCCAGCUGGAAAAAUUAUCCGAGGUGGAGCACUGGGAAUGCUCAAAGAGACAUUGGUUGGUGGAUCGACGAAGCCAGCAAGGCACAGGAGACAAACCCAGAGUCCACUCGUCGAAAAAAUCAUCGAUUUGAGCUCGUUCGAUAGUGAGGAGGAUACGAUAGCUGGAAUCGCACCGGAGUAUAUUACAAGGGAUAGGGUCUGCAACUACAACGAGGACAACUACGGUAUCCUCGUCUCACCACCUCAUUCCACCCGCGUCUAUCGUCAACCAGCAGUCGAGCAAGCGUUCAUGCUAUUGCUCAUCCUUAUCUGUCUCUGUGAAUUCUUCUCCUCUCCAGCUCUUCCACUCGCAGACGCCGCCACCCUCCACGCCGUCCGUGACAAUCCUGCCGAAUUCGGAAAAAUCCGAUUGAUGGCGUCAGUUGGAUGGGGUCUGGCUAUGUUUAUCAUGGGUAUCGCUCUAGAUUACUCGGAUACAUUCCGAAAUCAUCCGUGUCCGGCGGAGAAUACGACGGAGAAGAACUACACGCUGUGCUUUGUGAUGUGUGUGAUUUUCAUGCUGGCCGCGAUGGGAUUGGCCAGUAAAUUCAAGUUUGACGAUGACAUGGCUGCUCCUGGAGAGGUUGGUGGAUUGGUUAUGGAUACGCGGGAAGCUGAAGUGUCACAUGUCGUCGCGGAGAAGGCAAGAGCAAGGGUUACACAGUCCGAAGGUGGCUCUGGCUCCGAGAACAGUCUCCUGCUCGCCAUGAAGGCCCUCGCCAGCAUGCACAUCCUUCUCUUCUUCAUCUCGGUCGUCGUGAUGGGCGGUGGCGCUGGCCUCGUCUUCAGCUUCCUCUAUUGGCAUCUCCAAGACAUCGGAGGCUCUCCAGUCCUGUUUGGAAUCCUCUCCGUCGUCAAUCAUGCAUCAGAGAUUAUCACCUACUUCUAUGUCUUCAAACUCAUCAAUAAGUACGGCCAUGUGCGCGUUAUGUAUCUCUGCCUCGCUGUCAACUUCUUCCGUUUCAUGGCCCUCUCGAUCCUGGACAACCCGUGGAUGGUCCUCCCGCUUCAGGUUUUGCAAGGUGCCUGCCUAGCCACUGUCUGGUCUUGUGCCUCGUCUUACAUCUCCCUGGUCGCCCCUCCUCACGCCAAACAACACGCCCAGUACGCUCUCCAAGUCGGCUAUCAUGGCAUCGGAAAAGGCAUCGGAUCAAUCGUCGGCGGAUCGGUGAUCUCUGUCAUAGGCUCGCGAACCACGUUUGUGAUCUACGGACUGAUCUGUCUGGCGACGUGUGCUGGAAGCUUCGGCCUGAAUAAACUGUUCAAGUACGAGGGAAUCAAGUAUGGAGCCGGGAAUUUCGAAGAGGAGGAUAUGGAUAUUAUGGCCCCACAAGGAGUCCCAAUGGCUCGAGACGGCAAAAUCACCGACGCCUUCAACGCCACCACCGUAGUCAACGCCAACUAUGGCGCCAUAGCUCAGGAGGAUCCAACACAAGAUGCCUAUGAUAGAUACGUGUCGACGACACGUUAG